AGCUCGGAGGACGCGCCCCGCUCGGUGGGCUCGGCCUGCCUGUCCGUGGGGCUCAUGUUCGUGGCGGUGGGGCUGGUCUGGAUCCCGGUGCUGAGGGAGAAGCGGCGGCGGAAGCGCUGCCUCCAGGAGGCGUGAGCUGGAGGUGAUGUAACCUCCUGGUGGACUUUGAGCAGCAGGAGGUCACUUCUCCCCGCCGUCCUGCAGCCGCCGCCGCCGCUCCUCCAGGAUCAUGGCCACAUCCGUCCACAUGGAGCCGGUCUCGGAGAGGAGGCACGGAGGAGUGGGCCGCUGCAAGUGCUCCUUCUGGUUCGCGGUGGCCCACGACAUACUGGGCGUCCUCAUCAUGAUGGUGGGGGUUUUCGGAGGCCUGGUCAUCCACGACCUCUUCAUCUACGCCGGGGCCAUCAUCAUCUUCCUCAGCCUGAUCUGGUGGGUGUUCUGGUACUCGGGGAACAUCGACGUCCCGUCCGAGGAGCUGCAGGACGACGUGGGCCUGAUGAAGCAGAGGAACCGGCGGCUCAGCCGGGCCGUCAGGAAGGCGUCCACCCGGCUCUCCAGCGGGAUCAGGAACUCCUUCCGGAAGAACAACGCGGACGUGUCGCUGUCGGUGGUGUACGACAACACGGUGGCCUCCUCCUCAUCCUCGAAGGAAUUCCCCAGAGAGGCUCUGUCAAUAUGAGCUUA